UGCACUGUAGCUGUUUGAUGCUAUGACACUGUGAAAGCAGCAUUUUGUAAUAUAUAGAAUUAGAUACCUUUGCUAAUGAGUUCUUGGUCCCCUACACUUAGCAUAAGAUGUAUGUACUACUAGAAACCAUAAAGUAGAGAAAGGCAGGCAAAGUAGUCACAGGAUUUAGGGCGGGCCUUUCUUUUGAAAAAAAAAUAGCAGAAAAAACCAGUAAGAAACUCACGUCCCUAUUUAACAGCCUAACUGUCCCAUAACUGCUAGAAACUUCUCCAUUAUCAUCUUGUCAUUAUUUCCACUUCCUCUGCAACUCCACCAAGCUUCAACAAAAAUUUAUUUAUCAGAAUUGGCAAGAGAUGAAGUGGAGAAAGAAGAAACUCUCACCUUCAUUAUCCUCCUCUCGGCUUCCUUCGUUAUCCGGCGUCUUUCCCUUCUCUUGGCUAUCUAAAUUCAAGCAAAUGAGCAUCAGUUCAGAGCCUAAACUUCCGAAAGGUAAGAGUAAAGGGAAGAAGAAUUCUGCGCCUUUGAGUUCGCCUAAAUAUGCAUCUAGUGGAGGAAAUACAGGGAGAUUCUAUAGUAGAGAUGGUGAUGCAUUUUGGAGAUUGUCCUUUGGAGAAGAAGGUAUGGAUGGGAAGAAAGGUACAGGUGUUGUGAAAUCUGUUUGGUGUGAAUCGGAUGAUGAGCUUGAAUUUCCGAAAUCGACGAGGCUGAUGGCAGGAGAAGAGAAUCGCAAGUUCACAGAUGUAAGGAGCAUGAGAGAGCUGCCAAGAGAUUUGAAGAUUUUGCCGCGGACAGAUGCAUAUGCAAAAGAAGUUGUAAAAAUCAGAACACCAAGGCUGAGAAAUGACAAAGAUUGGAAAUUGAGAAAGAUUCAUCGAGGAAUUAUAGAAGAGAAAUUGUUGGAAGCUGAAAGGGUAUCGCACGAAACAGUAGGGAAGUCUAAAGCAGCACAGAGUGAUCUACUGGAAAGGUCACCAGCGAGCGGUAUUGGGACGAUAGAGAGGGAGGACUCCGAGUUAUUAGCUGCUGUCAAUUCCAGGAAACAUGACUAUGGCUCUUUCAUGAAUUCAAGAACUGAAGAAGAAAUUCCAGAGUGGAAAAAAUUGAAAGAAAUGAAGAUUGAAGAGCUGAAGUCAAAGAGUGGAAGGCAGAGGAAAUCUCUGUACAUAAGCAGGGAAUUUCAGAGAAAAAGAGCAAAGCAGAGUAGCAAGGUGAGGGUCAAUUCUCCAAGAACAGCUACCAAGGUUGAAAUGUGCAAAAUAAAAGCAAUUGAAAACAUGAAGAAAGCCAAACUGAAGAUGAAGAAGGAGAGAGGAAGAGCUGCAGAGGAAUACACAAGCUUAGACAGCUUUGCUGUGGUGAAAUGUUCAUAUGAUCCCCAGAAAGAUUUCAGAGAAUCUAUGAUGGAGAUGAUCAUAGACAAGCAAAUCAGCCAGGCAGAAGAUCUUGAACAACUCUUGGCUUGCUAUCUGACACUGAACUCCGACGAAUACCAUGACCUCAUAAUCAAGGUAUUCCGGCAGGUGUGGUUCGACCUGAAGCAGGCCCGUUCCGAGUCUUCCGACCAUGAAUUACUCAGUGAACAGUGUAAUUAUGAUUAGUUACGGCUUCUAAUCACUUUGUAAAUAAUUACACUUUCACUUUAAUAGUAUGAUUCUAAAGUUAGUUUA